AGCAGCUGAGGGGUUCAGAGAUGGGGCCAGGCCUGGGACAGCAGCUCAGCACCUCCAACACACCCUCCAGCAGUGCCCCUGGCUCGUCUUCAUCAUUCUGGACACCGGGGCUCCAGAGGCAAGGGCGCAGCCCCGGUCGCCCAAGUCCUCGAGGUUCGGCACCGGGCACCCGCACGCCCGACAAGGCCCACUCGGCCCUCGACCUGGAGGCCUUCAGGUGCCCGGCGUCGGGCCACGCCGGCCGCCUGUGGGAGCAGUUGCGGCAGUUCUGGGUCGACCACUUCUCGCGGCGCUUCUCGCCACGGCGCCCGCCGCUACGCCGCCUCUCCUCCAUGUCCACCUUCUACCUGCUGGACCACCGGACGCGCCAGGCCGAGCUGGGCCUCAGCUACGGCGCGCCGCGCACGCGCCUGAGCGACGAGGACUUUGUGUUCCGCGGCGGUCGCUGGACCGCCGAGGGGCUCCCCCUGCGGCCCGGGCCGCCUCUGUCCCCGCCGACCAUCUCGGGCUGGGAGCCGCCGGUGCAGCGGGUCAAGAGCCAGGUACUGCUGGAGGAGAACAACUACUUGAAGCUGCAGCAGGAACUGCUCAUGGACAUGCUGACUGAGACCACGGCGCGCAUGCACCUGCUGGAGAAGAAGCUGGACACCGAUUCCAGCCCGACGGCGGCGGCGCGCGCCUGGCAAAGGAAGAUGCGCAAACGCGAAGGCGCGAGCGGCGUGCUCAUGAUCGAGCCGCGCGCUCUGGAGUCGCGGUGACGCAAUAAAGCCCGGGCGGCGCACGCGCACUUCUCUCCUUGUCCGGGCGCGUUCGUGGGCGGCGGAGUGGGCCUGUCCAGGGCUCCCGACUGGCGGGUAGGGACCGUCACUUAGUGACCAGUGUGGACGGGUGACUCAGCCAGCAGAAGGGCUCGGGAGGGCGCGAUAGGGCCUUGGCGGAAGGUGUGUGCGCGGCCCGCUCGCUGGGAAUGCGGGGUGGGAGCCGGACUUGCAGAGGAGAGGGGAAGGGGAGCGAGGACGCCUAGCGGGGGCAGGCAGUGGCAUUCUCGUCCCAAGCGACCGAGGGCCAAGUCGGGGAGGCCACGAAAGCUUGGGCGCUCGGUGAUGGAGGGUGCGGUGAGGCUGGGAGGCGGACGGGGUCGGGGACCUUGCUCCUGGCUCCCCGCUGACCUAGAGGCGCGGCGCGGGCCAGGGGAGUUUCAGCCUCAGUCCAAAGUCGGUGUGUUUGACUCGGCUUUCUCGAACGUGAGCGCAGCCGCUCCCACCUGGCUGUGUGGUAUUUGGGGAGUCGCUUCUCUAUUACAGGCCUUUUUCUCCUCCGUAGUCUCCCCCAGAGUACAAACAAGCACUCUCCAGGGCAAAACCUGUACACAAAUAGGAUUUGCUCCACCCACGUUGCUUAAAAAUUUUGCAUUCGUUGCCAACGCUUAAGAAUUCAGAGAUUUCACAUUAAAUAUCCAGAUAUCCUGUGUUCUGAAAAAGAGACUUGGCCACCACCUGGACCUCCAUUCUGUCCAGCCAGCAGUUUCCUGAGCUGAAGUGUGGCUGUCACCUGCUGGUUGCUUCACUCCUUGCUUGUUGCAGGUGUCUGAUUUUGAUAUCCUCCUAGAUCCCUUCUGGAUCAGUGUUCUUUCCCAGGACGUGGGGAGCCCAUUUCCCCAACCUCCAUACACACGAGGUAUUACAUAAGGUGCUUUGGGGAGUGUAUUGUACUUGUGAUGACAUUUGCCCUUGCUAUAUCCAACCUUUUCCCUGGAAUAGAGACAGUGCAUUUCUGCAUCCACUGAAACUUGAGACCAGGGGUGGGGGGGACCCAUCUCCCGAGGGCCAUUUGACAGUUGUGAGAGAAGUGGGUAUCCUGCCUCAGCCCAAUUUUAUUUCAGGAGUAAACUAGGGAUUACUAAACAGCUACUUUGUAUGAAAUUGUGGCCUUAUUCAAGCAGCGAAACAACACAAAACAUGUCAUUAGACACAAAGUUGAGAAACAUUUUUUCUUCGCAAUGCUUUUUUUAUUUUAAUAAUUAUAUAUUUACAUUAACAUAGAUUAAAGUACUUAAAAUAGUUAU